UAUUUAUCUUGCCGAGUAUAUUCAUAUGUUUCACAACAAUUAAAUUCUUAAAAAUUAUAGUGAUGAAAAUCAAGGCUUUAAAUUUGUGUUUCCUUUGUUCAUUGUUUCUUUUAUCUGUUGUGGAAACAAAGACAUUAAAAGAAGGAAAACAAUAUACAAAAGAGUCAAAGAAAAAUGUUUUGCUAGAUAAGCUUGAUGGUGGACGAAAACCCAUAGAUAUAGAAUCUUUUGAUCAAAAUAUGCCCGUUGGUGCGGGAAAUAAAACAAGGGAAGAAAGGAUGAUGGAAAAAGAAGCAAAGCAGAAGGAAAGGGAAGCAAAGCAGAAGGAAAGGGAAGCAAAGCGGAAGGAAAGGGAAGCAAAGCAGAAGGAAAAAGCUUUGAUAAAGGAAGCAAAGGAGAAGGAAAAAGCUUUGAAAAUAGAAGCAAAGAAGCGGGAAAAGAAAAGAAAGUAUAAUCUAAAGGUAAGUAGGGCAGCGUCUCUACGAUUGCGAAAGGCAAAAGCUAUACAAAAGAAGGAGGAGAAAAUAAUGGCCAUGCUGAAGGCAAUACAAGCAAAGAGAAAGGCACAGGAAUCAAAAGACAGGGCAAAUGCUUAUGUAAAGUAUCAGGAAAUGGAAGCAAAGCGGAAGGAAAAGGAAGCAAAGCAGAAGGAAAUAGCUUCGGCAAAGGAAGCAAAGCAAAAGGAAAGGGAAGCAAAGCAGAAGGAAAAGGAAGCAAAACUAAAUGAGUAA